UCGGAUGACAUUGCUACAUCCAGCAGCAGCGUGCGACGAGCCCUGUAUUAUGUCCAGCGGAGAUUUUGGUGAUUUUUUUUCUUCUGCACUCUCUCCCUCCCCAACAGAAGAAAGAUAUGCUGUUGUGUUGCGGCCGCAAAAGCAAAUGAAAAGUUGAACUGUAACUUCCAAGCGCACAAAGUCGAGCCGUGAGGUGUUUUCCUUGUUUUUCCGUGUCCGUGUGUGUGUGUGGUGGUUCUGUGUUUCGUACGUGUGCGGUGCGCGUUUGUGUUGGAGGUGUUUCGGUUUUUAUUUUCUUCGUGUUUCCAGUUUGUUUUUCCUAGGUUUCGCUAAAAGAUGUCAUCCGGAAGACCUAUCAAAUGUGUGGUGGUCGGCGACGGCACGGUGGGGAAGACGUGCAUGUUGAUCAGCUACACGACCGACAGCUUUCCCGGCGAAUACGUACCCACGGUCUUCGACAACUACUCCGCCCCGAUGGUGGUGGACGGUGUGCAAGUGUCGCUCGGGCUGUGGGAUACGGCCGGGCAGGAAGACUACGAUCGGCUAAGGCCCCUGUCCUACCCACAGACGGACGUGUUCCUCAUAUGCUACAGUGUGGCCAGCCCGUCGUCGUUCGAAAACGUUACCUCCAAAUGGUAUCCCGAGAUCAAGCACCACUGCCCGGAUGCGCCCAUCAUUUUAGUCGGAACCAAAAUCGAUCUGCGCGAGGAUCGGGAAACGAUAAGCUUGCUGGCGGACCAGGGCCUUUCCGCGCUGAAGCGCGAACAGGGCCAAAAGCUAGCGAACAAGAUACGGGCGGUAAAGUAUAUGGAAUGUUCGGCACUAACCCAGCGGGGCCUAAAGCAGGUGUUUGACGAAGCGGUGCGGGCCGUCCUCAGACCGGAGCCUUUGAAACGACGCCAACGAAAAUGUGUUGUGAUGUAGUGUGUGCGUGUGUGUGUCCGCGUGGGAGCGCUGGAUGGGGGUGAGUGGAGGAGUAGAGCACUCCAUCUCACCACUCAACAAAGAGAAAAAAAAAACAGGAAAAGCGAACAAAACAUACAUUUAGCGAAAACAUAAUUGUACAUAAGUUUAGAAAGGGAUCGUGGUGGCAGCGAAGGAAGAACAAACACACGAGAAAAAGAGCGGGAAACAGGGAACGGAAAAGCAAUUGGAAGCAAAUUUCGAGCGGGCAGCAUCGAAAGAGAGGGAGUGUGGUAAACACAGCAGGACCGGGGACAACAAACGCAUGUUGGAAGGAAGGUAGAGGGCGAGUGAAUGUUGAAAAUCGUAAAACGGUUAAGGAAUCAAACACCAAAACGCAGCAAAAACCGUGAACAUAGGCGCUGACUCGCUUCCCCUCACUGCCCUGGUCCUGGCAGAAGUGUCCCGUCGUGGUGUGCGUGUGCCAUUUUCAGCGAUAAACGGCGGUGUCGCGAUAAAGCCGCCGUGUAAAAAAACCAGAAACGAACGCAAUCAAGCAAGAAAUCAACGAAAGAGCAAACCUACGAAGAAGGGCGAAGGGCGAAACAGUGAAGACACACGUUAUUAAAACAAAAACAAAAAACGAUCGCGUAUGUCCCUGUGUGUGUGGGACAAAACAUAGAACAAAACGUAGCAACAAACAAAACACAGUAGAACGAACUCUCUGCGCGAUAAGCAAUCGCACACAAUGAAGCAAUGAAGCAAGGAAGCAGGAGCAGGAGCAGGGCGGGAGUGAUUUUGGAGUUUGAGUGAUAGCGAAGCAACGCAAAGGGGAAGCUUAUUCCGGAUGCAUCAGACGUAAAGUGACGUAUUAGUAGCAACGUCCCGCCUCAAACCCCCAUUCCCAACUCCGGGAACCAACCAGCCGAAAAUACCUCACGUAAAGUAUUUCAUUUUCCAAAAAAGAAACCUAAUAGAGAACCGAAGGAGAGGAGAGGAGAUUGACAAAAUCAAAACAAUGCCCUGCUGGCACACACACACUGAAAUUGCUAUUUAGGAAAUGUGCCGGACGGCGAGCAGCAGCAGCAUGUAGGUGUAGGUGAGGAUCGCCUGACCGACGUCGAUCGAUUCGUUGUUGUUGAGCAGUUUUCUUUUUUUUUACACAUUUACACAUUUACCCGUUUAUCGAGGGAAACGCUUCGUUUUGUUUUUCCUUCGAUAGUCCCUUCCUUCGAAGCAGCGCGAACACAAAAACUAUUCCAACCAGGAUCCGGAGAUCGGGAGAUAAUUUGCAAUAUUAAACGUAUACACGUGUGCGGUUUGGCUCCUCGUUGCGCACUAGGAAGCGCUUUUUUUUCUAUGCCACGGGGAUAGAAGGAACUGGCGUGUCGGCAAGAUGCAAGAUGCGUUUGUGUUCUUUCGCUCUAAAAAAAUGCUUAAGUCGCCCUUUGCUGCACACGUCUUCCCACCGUGGGGUGAGUGAGAGAUUGUUCUCUUUUUUAUUUACCUAUUUCUUUCGUAGCUUCGCGCCACGGAAGCGAAUGCCGGUGGAAGAGGAGUAAGAGGGCGGGCAUAAGCAUCUCAUGAGUAAAUCUCAUUCCACAUCCGCGCAUCGAUGAUAUGCAAUGAAUCUAUCUAUAUACAUAUUUUUUACAAACUACAAAAAGCUACUAAUGCUGCCUGAACAAAUAGUUGCAAAAUGCUUUUGUUUUGUGUGUAAAAUCCGCCUUUCCGCGUAAAAUAUGGAACAAAACGGAAAAAGGAGUCAAAAGGAUGUGUUGAAGGGAGUGGGGAAGAAGCGAGCCAAAGUGUUUUUUUUUUAUUACUAUUUUAAUCGGUUUAGAGUUUAAGUGCAAUGCAGAGUCUGAUAAUUUGUGUUUUUGUCUCUUUGUGCUGGAGUUUUUGCGUUUUUUUAAAUCCUGAGAUCAAUCGAGCGAUCACCUUUGAGCCAAUUAUGGAACGGAUCGAAGCUCAGUCACAUAAAUAUGUCUCGAUUAGAUGAACCCAAUUCAUAGUUUCUAGUCGAAGCGGGAAGAAGAAGGCUCUGUGUAGGGAAAAACAAGGAAAAACAAACUACAAAAAACUGCCAGAAAUUGUGGGCGAUUGCGUUUAAACCAGAGGCGUCAAUUAUUUGCAUGAAGUAGUAGAUCGUACAGCGUGAGAGAAGAUAGAGAGCAAAUCACCAUCAUAUCCUAGUCCGUUUGCUGACAGUUCGCCAGGCCACGCGACCAACACCACGUUCAGCGUGUGCAGGGGCCGGAGAUUGUUAAGGGCUGCCAUAAUGAGUUAUCCUUUGAAUAAGUUUUUUAUACAUAUACGAUAAACAAAAGAUAUGCACAAUCAUGACAUUUUACAUUUGUAUUACAAUUACCGAUAGGCUUAGGCGUUACGGUUUGGUUAAUCUCUCCUGCGGAGCAAUUCCUACCGGCAGCAUUUAUUAGGAUCCAUUUUCUGUUUCCGUUUGCUUGUUUGAAGAUCAGGCUUUUCGAAAGAGGAGAGAGUGCGAGACAAAACGACAGAACUGUGUGUGUGUGUGGGGGGUCAAUGAAAGUGUGAGGGCAUUAGGGGAGAAGAAGAGAAAGAGGCGCAUAUUUCGAUUAUACAAUUAUUUCUUUUGUAUUUUGAUA